AUGUACAACAACCAUCCAAAACGAUCACAGAAAAUAGAUCUACAAGCACAGAACCUGGAAGAAGUAAGCGCUACUAAUGUAAAAUGUUUCAGAGAAAUACCCGAAUUCGUAAUAGUUGCACAGAAUGCAAAAGAUGGAAGGCAUCUGAAGACUCACUGUGUCACCGUAUUCGUAUUACUGCGAAAUGGGACAUUUCUUGACAUUCAUCUUCUACAGAAUAAGACAGUAUGUGAGCGGAAGCGAGAACUUCCAGUACCUUAUGUAAGGUAUGAAGACUGGCCAGAAUACCGGGUAUUCGAGGACCCGCUGAACAAAAACGUCGUACUCUCUUUAAACACGUUAGGAGUCAAAGUUUCUUGGGAUGGCAUUUCAUUCGUUGAGAUUGUUCUGUCCAAGAAGCACCAAUCUAAUGUCUGCGGUCUUUGUGGUAAUUUCAACGGCAAUGCAGAAGAUGACCUCCUACCUAAACACGGUUCCACAACAACAUCGGUAAUAAAAUUUGCCAAAUCCUGGCGAUACGGGAACCAAUGCUACGCAAGCUUAGAAUCGAACAAGUGCUAG